ACUUAAUUCUACCGAAAAAAAAAAACCCUCAUCAAGCCGUAUGUCAUUAAACAUGAAAACGAAUUAAUGGCUAAGGCUUUGACCUCUCCCAAGUCAAACGCCCAAAACUUAUUUCAAUCAUGCCAAUCCUUUGAUCGAGUCAUAUGUUCCAAAUUUCCCAUCGCCCUGUGAUUCAGGUUCCCGCCAAUUACAACUUAUUUAUUGAAGUGGAAAAUAUAUAGAAAUAGGGGGAAAAUAAUAAAUUCUGAAUGAAAAAAAAAGGCAAAAAUGGUGAUGAAGAAAUCAUUAUUAUCGAUUAAGAGAAAACCCUCCAUGCCCGAUUCCAGUGCCGGAUCCACCACCCAAACCCGUUUUCAUCCCGUACCUCCAACUCCCACUUCCGAUGAUUGGGUUGGUGACCAGAAUCAUCCUCGAAGACAGACAAUGCGGACAACUAGGAGCCAGAAUAAGGUUGUUACUAAUGUCGAGAAAACGAAGAAUGGUAUAGAGAGAUCAAUUAAGGGUGUCCGUGUGAUAGUUCCUGGAAUUAAGGUAUCUGAUGAGGGGAAACCUAUUGUUCCGCCGCUCGGUUUUGCUCAUGUGAAGAAUGUUGUAAAAAACACCAAAAAGGGUGUUUUUGUAUCUCAUUGUACUGGUAUGACGGAUGAUAAUGGCAAGGGAUUAUCUGUUCAACGUAGUUUUGGUCGAAUGGAGAAUACUAUCAACAUGGAUGCUUUAUUUGGGAUGAAGUUAAAAGAUAACAAGAAGGCGGUUGUUGAAGUUUUUAAGCAAUGCAAAGAAAAAGAAGUUGAAGUUGUUACCCCCAUCAAUUCUGCUCCUCCAUUCAGGACCAAAUGCAACAGGAAUGAAUUUGAUGGAGCAAAAGAAGCAUUGCAGUCUAAGCCAUCAACAGAUCCUUUUCCAAAAAAUAAGAAAAAGAAAGUGUUAUCUAAGGGAAGUUCCAGAAAAUUUGUAAUGCCGUAUGAUUUUAUUGACCAACAAAGGGCUUACUUUAAAGAGAUCGAUGAGUAUAGACUACAAGUGGAAGAAGUGGAGCAAGUUUCAGUGUAUGAGGAAUGAUCUCUUAAUCUAGGUAGUGCAUCUUACUCAUCUCAGUGUGUUGUAUAUUCACACUUUCACAUGUCAAAAUAUACCUGAACAUCUACCAAUUUGAUAUAUAUGACCAGCAAGUUAUACGCCUAUAUGUUACUGUAUUUUGUUUUCUUGGGCUUUAGAGAAUUUUUUUAGAGAGAUGUAUCUAUUGUAGAUCAAUCUGAAUAAACAGCUUUAUAUUAUGAUCAAAUAUGAUGAGUAGUUGUGAA